UGCUGCUGCUGGUGCUGCUUCUUCUUGCGCUAGUUUGGCAGCUUCCAGUCCUCGGGUCUGGGUGGUGAGCUUGACACACCAGCCCGUUGACACAUGGCGAGCUUGGAGGCUUCCGCGAGCUCUGCUCCAGCAUGGGGACCUCAGCAGACGGCCAUCGCUUGCUACGAUGACUUCGUUCCCAUUCUGCUUGGCGGUACUCAGUCUCUGCUGAACGGCUUCCUAAAGAGACGCAAGCGAGACAUCGCGUUGGUGGUGCUCACAGUCAUUCUUCUGGUCAGCGCGUGGCUGCUGUGGCCCAUCUUGUUCUCCCUGAGGGUAGACGGGACUACUUCCAUGUCCUGGGCGGCCGUGUGGACCCCUCUGUGGAUUGCCGAUAGCAUCGGGUUGAUGUUCUUCGUAUUUCUAGUGAGCUGGGGACCUAUCAAGGCCCCGGCCGAGUGGCAGGGCGAGUGGCGAGACCCUUACCCGAUGUCGAUGAGGGUACUUGCGCUCGUGAAGUGGGGGUUGCUCGUUUUGUUUCAGGUACUGUUAGUUCUUAGGUUGGAUCACCACAUCAGCUGGUCUUGGGAGGAAGUCUUGGCGCCGCUCAUGGCGUGGGUCUGGCUCCGGAUUAUUGGAGAGCUGUAUAGGAUUGUGCUUCAGACGAAGCGGCUGUUUGUGGGCAGAGUCGUCGCCGCGAUCAAGGCGAUGGGCGAGGCGGCCAUGCUGUUCCUUCAAGUGUUGUUCCUCAUGUGGAGACUCGACGGCGAGGUAGCCUGGAACUGGUGGGUGGUAUUCGUCCCUACCUGGCUCCUCCACGCCGGGCAGCUGUUCACCUGGUGUACGAACCAGGCCCUGGCGAUGUCCCUCGCGCGGGGCCUCGAAGAUCACGAAGGCUCAACGGAGGAGCAACGUAGGAAGCUGCUGGAGGCAUCCGUCCUGAUGGACAACGCCAAGCACUCCCGCAAGUUGUUAGGGGGAACCCUGGUGACGAGCGUGCUGGCGGUCUACCUGGUCGCUGGCGCGGACUACUCGGCUUUCAUCGUCUUCCUGCCGCAGUUCUUUUCCGCCAUCUGGUUCACUUUCGCGGUGACGUGCCUCGUAUGCUUUGCCGAGCGACGUGCCCGACAGGAAGAGGCCGAUGGGGCUGAAGGGGAGGGUUUCAACACCGACGUGUGAUUCCGGUACUUGCUAAGGCGCCUUGCCUUGCCCGGGGCGACCGAAUCACGCUUUGGUCAUCGUGUCACAGUGGGUCGCCUUUCCUGUAUCUGCCUGAGGAUGCUGCUGUAACAGCAACAGCAGCAACUGCUAAAAUCCAGUGUCGAAUUGCUGAAUAGGUCAUAAAAGUCAUCAAGCGCCCGUAAGAAUGUGAUUGCAAGAGGGUGGGAGGACGCGAAACCUGGCUGACGAACCGAACCCCCAUCCACUUCACACAUCGCGGUUGAUCUUGGAGAGGAGACGAAGCGGGAUGUGCUGUACAGCUCCAAUUUGCGCUAGUACGGGAGGUCGUGCAUGAUAGAUGUACCCCUCCGCAGCACCGUGUGCCAACCUCCGCUCUUUCGGGUGGUCGCUCGUGUUGGAGGUGCCGUUGCACAGAAUCUGCGCUGCUUUCCGUUGAUGUGGGCAGAAAAACUGGACGAAGCUGCUGGGGAUGUGUGUAUUUUGAUGUGUUACUCAACACUGCGGGCGGAGGUUGAUCGGCGCCCGCGUUAGGUUGUCAUUGAAGCAAGGUUUUCCUGGUGCGCUGUAGAUAGCGCCGGGUGUGUACAACCUACCUGAGGCCGAUCCGAGGUUAACUGCCCUGUGCUCUCAGUACGUGCACGGUCGUACGAGGGUCCUGAUUUGUUGGUGUAGGUCGGUGCGCAGGCUGGGGAGUUCUCCAUGCGGAAAAUGAACGGUUGCGUCUGCCGCGGGGAGCGUAAUUGCAGCCAGGGAUGGCCGAAUGGCUGUUUGUAGCCGUCGCUUUUCUCACCACCGGCGUUCCCGAGACUUGCGGAGGAUGCCUACUCUGUCCUAGCGCAUCGAGCCGCGGCCAGCAUGGGGCUAUAUCUUGCGUGGUUGAGGAGAACGUCGUGCGGAAAAAAUCGUGGAUUGGCCUUCAGGUGCGCGGCUCCUGUGAGGUGUUUAUUUUUUUCCUUUCCCGAUGCGUCCCGGCUUUGGAGGGUUGCGAGGUCAAUGGUCCAACGUCUACGGCAUGCACGACAAUG